UGAACAUGGAAACAUAUGCACAACUCCAAGCCCAACAGCUCUUCCAGAUGGAUUUACUGUGGAAGAACAGUGCCAAAAUUGGCUAUGUGCCUGAGUAUACCAAACCAAAAUCCAAAUAAAGUUGUUAUCAUAAAAUACUGGAAAAAUCCAGAAGACGAAGAUACAGCAAUCAAGAGUUCACCGAAGCAAGGAACUUCCUCCCUGAGCUAUCCAGGUUUAUUAAAGAAAAGAUUCUCAAGUCACUCCCUUGCAUCUGAAACAGCAUUUGAGCCCUUUGUACCCUCUACUAAACUUGCUUUCUCAAAAUCGAAGUCUCUGUUGGUGAACACUCAGAAAGAAGCUUCAGCAGAUCUACGUACAAGUGAACCCAAAGAUUUGGGUGAGAAAAAGAGAGAGAAGAAAGCAAGCAAGAAGUCCAUAUGCAAUAGCAAACAAACCAGUGACUCUGCUGCUUCUGUAAAACCAAGGAAAAGAACUAGAGCAAGAAGAGGAGGAUAUCAAAAGAUGGUUGACUUUGCUAUAAAACUCCCAAAAUGUGCUGCCACCAGAGAGGAGCUAAAGGCCUAUAAGAGAAGAAAGUACCAAGAAGAGAGAGCCAAUCCAGAGCCUAUCUUCCAUCCUAAAAAGGGAUAUGCAGUCAGGUCUAAAAACCCUGCUAUAUAAGCUAAUAUUUUUCAUUAAAAUUCUUUACCUAA